CUACAACAUUUGUCCUUCGGUGGACUCAAGUAGUGUCCUUGGGAGUCCGACUCAUUUCCAGAGAACUGACUCUCGAGUCUCGAUACAACUUAUUCACUCAACCCCGAGCCGACCCAAUAAGUAAGUAACAACUCCAAUUCACAGGGACAGCAUUUCGAGAAUCAAAGCUUAAUUUCCUGAACUAUGUAUGAUAUCAUGUUAUAUUGAUCUUCUUCGUCCACCAUCAGCCCAUCCGUGAUGAAAUCCAUCAUGAUAUGUCGAGGUCUUACGACGAGAUCUGACAACGAGCCCCACCGUGGGCAGGACUCGGAUGGCUUGGUGCAAUGCCUGUUACGAUAACCCAAGCCGUUUCCUGAUAUCUAUAUAACGAUACCUGCAUGAAAAUGCUCAAUAUGCCCAUAUCUUCGCACUGAUCUCCCAGAUACCAUAUCAUGACUUCAAGUGGCAUCCCAUUGGAUUCCGCUAAUGUAUUGUCGACGUCGCUAGAAUGCAUGCUAUACGGCUUUUCGGCUCUCAUGUUUAUGGGCACCGUUUGGGCUUUGACCUACAAAUGUCGCAUCCAGGAUGUUAAUCGCCCAAUCGCUGUGGUGGCCAUCCUCUUAUUCAUGAUUAGUACCGCGCACAUUGUCGUGGACAUCAUUCGUGCCGAAGAUGGACUGGUGAAGUAUCGCGACACAUUUCCAGGCGGGCCAGCCGGGUUCUUCGGAGAUAUUACCCAAAAAUCAUAUGCGAUUAAGCAUGCGUUAUACCUCUUGCAAACUCUACUUGCUGAUGGGGUGGUGAUUUAUCGCUGUUAUGUCGUUUGGCAAUCCGUUUGGGUUAUUAUCGCACCAAGCAUGCUGUGGUGCGGCUCCGUAGUGACCGGUGUUGCCGCGAAUUACUUUAUUUCACAAGCCAGUAGUUCUGAAGUCAUCUUCGCCAAACCGCUUGGGCAGUGGAUCACUGCGUUCGUAAUCUUGACUAUGACGACUAAUUUCUUGAGUUCAGGAUUGCUGGCAUAUCGCAUCUGGAAGAUUGAACGCGAUUGUUCUCCAAUUCGCGCUACGAAGAGCACUAUGAUGCCGAUAGUGCGCGUGCUCAUGGAUGCUGCUGUUUUGUAUUCUGUGACACUCGUCACCACACUAAUCUGUUUCCUCUGCUCGAACAAUGGACAGCUUGUUUUGGUGGACUUGGCUGUACCAAUCAUGUCGAUUGCCUUCUACAUGGUACUUAUUCGCAUCGCAAUCGCUAGACACACUCGCAGUUACCCCUCGACUGUCCCUGGAGGGAAAACCAGUGAGAUGGAGCAAGGAAAACUGCAGCCUUUGCAGGCCCAUAUAUGCCAGCUUACGCUCAAAGACGGUAUCUCAUCCUACGGAAUAGGGAGUGAAGAUCGACCAUCGACAUGCAAUGCGGAGCCUCGAUCUAUGGAAAAGGCACCUUGCAAGAUGUAAUCAGCCUUGAUGCCAUAUUAUAAGUAUGUAUGGCGCUUUUUCGC